GUUUCAUAAAUGAUUAAUAAAUAUCCAAGUAUAGACUAUUAAAUAAUAAAUGAACUACUUUGCUCGCAAUCAAGUGUCACUUACAUAAUAUAAUCAACAGUCCUUGAAACUGAUCAUUAUUGUGUACUUGUUCUUCUGUAAUAAAGUACAAUUUUUCAGAAGGUGUUCAUCGGUCAAAUUUUCAUAUCCAGUGUUGCACGUCAAUAUAUAUAAACAAAUAUGAAUAUUGGUCUGAUAUCGGAAUACCUAGACACGUACCAAGGAAGAGAUAAAUUUUUAAGAACUUUGUCUUACGUAGCGAAAUUAGUUACGUUAGGUACGUCGUCGAAGGAAACGGAAGAAAAGUUGAGAAUAUUUAGUAGUCAAAUGAGCGGGUGUAGAGUGAUUUUAAGAUUAUUGGACGAUAUACCAAUGAUUCAUUAUGCUAUGACUUAUGAAUGGGGAAAGAAGGAGCCAGAUUGGUUGAUCAAAUGGGCAGAAUUGGUACAAAUUGCAGUGGACACUAUAUUCUGUCCGAUAGAACACAUUUCUUGGGCUGGUGAACGCAAAUUAAUUAAAAUUAAUAUUGAAAAGUGGAAUAAUGUUUCAACAUGGUUUUGGAUAAUUUCCCUUCACUUGUCGUUAAUAAAGUCCCUGAGAAAAUUAAAAAAGUGCAAUAACUAUAAAACAUAUCUUGGUGAAAGUAAUAGCAACACAAGAAUUGCCCUGACAAUAGUAAAUAAACAACGAUGGAUUGAACUAUUGUCCUGCACACGAUUAAUAUUAGAUAUCAGUUAUGCAGUUAGUUAUUUACCACGUGGUGUAUUAUGGGGGGGUAAAUUAAAAAUUUGGCAAGUUGGUGCACUUGGGACUGUAUCCUCCCUGAUCGGUUUGUACCAAGCAAUCAGCAAACGAGCAGAACAGAAGAAAUAUUUGUAAUGAUAUACAAAUUUUGUACAGAGAUGUUAUAAAUUCUGUAAAAAAA